CGCGUCCGGGCCGAGCCAACCCGCCGGAGGGGGUGCGUGCUCACCAGGCCGUCCUGCGGGUGCUCGUCGCGGAAGCGCUCCCGAACUCGCCGCGGCCAGAUGGACAGUGGCUACUGCAUUAGCUACGGAGUCUCCAGCGGGCGAUCUGUAUGCACUGCUCUCCAGACACCCCGGAGUUCUCUGUUGACCCCGGUCGCACUCCUGCCCGCCGCCGGCUGAGGCGCUUCGUGGAGCAAGGCCCAACCCCUGCACGCCGCUACCUCACUUCCGCCAUUGAUCUCAGCCAGCGAAGAUGGCGGAAGAUCCAGAGGCUGUGCUGCAGCUUCCUUCUUCAGCGGCUGGGGCCGGCGGCGAGAGCCUUUCGGAGCUUUCCCCAGAGACAGCCACCCCCGAACCCCCAUCUUCGGCCGCAGUCUCGCCGGGCACGGAGGAACCUCCCGGUGACACCAAGAAAAAAAUUGAUAUCCUGCUGAAGGCUGUGGGAGAUACCCCUAUAAUGAAAACAAAGAAAUGGGCUGUAGAGCGAACUCGAACCAUCCAAGGACUCAUCGACUUCAUCAAAAAGUUCCUUAAACUUGUGGCCUCGGAACAGUUGUUUAUUUAUGUGAAUCAAUCCUUUGCCCCUUCCCCAGACCAAGAAGUUGGAACUCUAUAUGAGUGUUUUGGCAGUGAUGGUAAACUGGUCCUACAUUACUGCAAAUCACAGGCAUGGGGAUGAGCCACAAAAGAACAACUUGAUAUUUUCACAGAAGAAAAAACUCAGAGAAAUUUUGAUGCUGUGGGGAGAGACUUAAUGGCUAUCAAAUAUUCAGCAUGAAUCUGCUCUGACUUACGUUUAUGUGUAAGAAAACAUCAUAGAGUAAACAGACUAAAAAUAAGAUUUGUGUUACCAUAAAAUCAUCUUAAAAAUUGACAUUAGAGUAUGCCCAUCACCCCCACACAUUCCUGUUUGAGAUCUGCCUCCAAGAUUGGAAAGGAGACUGGAAUUCUGUAUUUAUUGCAGGUUCUCAGGAUGACAAGUUAUUUACUGUAGAAUUGGUACUGUGUUGUUUCCAUGGUAAAAUCCAGUUUACUAGAAUUGGUACUGUGUUGUUUCCAUGGUAAAAUCUAGUUUACUGAAGGGUUUGAAUUUUGAGGUAGUUUUGCUUUUUAACUUACUGGGGAAGCCUGUUUCUUUGGAAUAUGGAAUGUUUACAUUUAUCUGUGUUGCUUUGUAAAACCAAGUGCACUGAUUUGUCUCGCUACCUUAGGUUGUCCAGUAGAGGGCAGCCCAGUUGGCAAAAAGGUUUCACAGUUCUGACAUCUUUGCCAGAGUGGAAGAAGGACUGUUGAACCUAAUUUCUAGUUAAUGUGUAAUCAGGAGAGCAACUGUGUUGACAGACUAGAAGGAUGUGCAUAGUUUAAAAUUAAUCAAGCUGGGAAACAGUUCCAUUUAUUGUACCCAAAUGAGUCCUCAACUCUUAAGUCCUGUCAUUUAUGAUUCUUGAGCCUCAGCCCAGGCAUUGUAAUACACACUUGUAAUCUCAGCGCUCAGUAACCCUAGGCCGGAGACUCAGGAGUCUAAAACCAGACUGGACUGCAAAAGAACUUUUCCCAAAAAGAUUCUUGAGCCCUACCCUGUGUAUUCCACUGUCACUUACCUGCGUCAAAGAAGCUGACUUGGUACAGCAGGCAACCUCAUCAGGUUUACCGAUUGACCCCGCCCUCAUUUCUAACGUCUGUGAAUUUUAGUUUGUGUUUCUGCAAUGCUGGGCAUCAUUCCAGUGUCUUGUACACUCGAGGCCAGGGCCCUGCUGAGCUCCAUCUCUAGCACUCAUUGAGUGCUUCCUAAUGUGUGCUCCAAGUUGAAAGCAUUCAAAGCUAAUGAUUGAAAAAUAGCCUCCAAUUUUGUGUGUAUUCCAUGCCAUCACAAAAAAAAAAAGAGUAUAACUAUCACUGUGCUGAUAGACUGGUCACUGCUUGAAGUAAGAUUUAAAUUUUUCCUUACAUGUGUUAUAUGUCUUUUUGUUUUAUUUUUUGAGACUGGGUCUUACUAUGUAGAUCUGCCUAGUUGGAAACUCACAGAGAUCUGUGUGCCUCUUGAGUGCUGAGAUUGAAGGUAUGGACAACCUUGCCUCGUUCCAUAUGUGUCUUAAAGAUUUCCAGCUAGAACUAGACAUGGCAGUGCAUACUUAACUUAGCAUUCAGGAAGCAGAAGAAAAAAAGACGGAAAGUUUAAGACCAGUGUGGACAACAGAGUGAGAUGGGAUUACAGGAUUUGAAGUAUGUAAGAAUUCCAAGUGUUUGCUUGCAAAGGUGAUGAUAGAAAUGUAUUUCUCAUCAAAAAUAUUUGAGGACCUGUACUACCCUUGUUUUUGUUUUUGCGGUAGGCUGUGUCACUCAGGUUGACCUGAAACUUGUGACUAACCUGCCUCAGGCUCCUGGGUGCCAGGCUUACAGUUGUGCACCACUGCACCUGGCUCAUUUUUAACUCUUAAACCCUAGAGUGUGCUUUAGGGCAGUACUCAGCCAUGUGAACCAUGAAAGAUGCUGUGUAACCACACAGUACAGUGCUGUCUAUUUCUUGUCUUCUGCCCAAGAAUGUGAGUUCUGAGCAUCCCCUUUAUCAGCACCCUUGGAGUGAGUUAAUGCAGGUAAUAGUUUACAGAGGAGUGAUAUGGACAGAGUUACACAGAAUACAGGCUUAGAAAACACCUUUCAUCUUGAAAGCUGGGAAGUACUGAUUUUUGAGCACUGUCAAUUAGAUAGGGGAAAGAUUUGUUCCAGCUUUGCCCAGUAAGAGGUUACUGAAAGAACAUAACGGUAGAUAUCUAACAGGAAAAAACAUGUUAAACUUAUUGUUUGCUGAUGCUUGUUUGAGAUGACAGAAUGCUUAUUACCUCUAUGAAAUCAAAAAUAAACUUGAGUUUAAGUCUGUAACAUUUUUACAGGAAUAACUUACUGCACAUCAAAUCAAAAGUUAACUAAAUAUUUAUACCUUAUUUGUUUUCUUCCACCAGUAGCCUUGAGGACUGUAUAGGGCUGUCUAGGAGUCUAACACUAAGAAAGUUUUAUCAAACUGUUUUACAUUGUCUACUGGUCUUUGCCCAAAUAAUUUUCAGCACUGAUGUUAUAACACUUGUAAGCUGGGAGCCUGUGAGUGAUGAAAUGACUGAACAGCUUAAAGUAUUUCAAGUGCAAUUGAAAUUUAGGAGGGAAGAGGACUGACCCCUUAGUUUGUAUUUUCACUUUUCCAUGUGUAUGACAAGUGUAAUGUCACACUGUCUCACUGGGCAGAACCAUGGCAGUACACAAAGUACACAUGACCUAUGUAGACUAUCCCACUCCUCUUAAAAUUAUGUAUGCUAGGGAUUGCAUAAUGAGAUUUUUUACUAUUUAGGACAUAAAGCAAAUUAAAGAUUGAAUUAUCACUAAUCAAAAUAAGAUUGGAUACUUCCUGGAGUCUGAUUUCCUUAGACAUUUUAACCUGAAAGGGUUUCUAAUGGUCAUGUUCUCUAACCAGAUGAGAAAAUUGAAAAUUGUAAACUCUGCCUGCAGUUACAGAACAUUAGUCCAUCAGUUGCUUGUGUGACUUACAGUAGGGCCGUAUUAUGUACAGCAGGAAGGCAGAAAUGAGAAUGACUUGUUAUGAAGCUUCCGCUUCAUAGUCCGCGUAUAUGCUGGAUAAGCUUUGGUCACGAAGAAAGCCAAUUGCAGGCCACCUAAUGACAGGAGAACUCAGGUUUUGUCCUGCUAAAACUCCCCUCCAGGGAUUCAUGAACACCUUCAUUCCUCCCAGCCCUGACUCCUUCAUUACCUUUCAGUAAUUAAAAGCAAACUUUGACAUGUUGUGAGAA